AUGUCUAUGAUAGUUAAUAGUGGCUUUAAUGGGGUGUUAAGUUCGUCCAGCAUUGCAGCUGGGAUACUUAAAAGAAGCUUUCCAUUGGUAUUUUCAAGAUAUAUGAGCUCAAAAUGUGAAGGUAAAAAGUCUUCAAAUAGGAGAAUUACUGGUGACAUUAUAGGAAUCGAUUUGGGAACUACAAACUCUUGCACUGCCAUUUUAGAAGGCACUCAACCGAAGGUACUAGAAAAUUCGGAAGGAAUGAGAACAACUCCUUCUGUUGUGGCUUUUUCAGAGGAUGGGCAAAGGUUGGUUGGUGAAGUUGCAAAAAGACAAGCAAUCACGAACCCAGAAAACACAGUUUAUGCAACUAAGAGAUUAAUUGGAAGAAGAUACGAAGAGGAAGCAAUAAAGAAAGAGCAGGGAAUUUUGCCAUAUAAAAUUGUAAGGGCUGAUAAUGGAGAUGCUUGGGUUGAGGCCAGAGGUGAGAGAUAUAGUCCAAGUCAAAUUGGUGCUUUUAUUCUUGAGAAGAUGAAAGAAACUGCUGAAACUUAUCUCGGAAGAAGCGUGAAGCAUGCCGUUAUCACUGUACCAGCUUACUUUAAUGAUUCUCAACGACAAGCAACUAAGGACGCUGGCUCUAUAGCAGGCUUAAAUGUUACAAGGAUCAUUAACGAGCCAACAGCAGCAGCCUUAGCAUAUGGAAUGGAGAAAGCUGAUGGCAAGACAAUAGCUGUUUAUGACUUGGGAGGAGGUACCUUUGACAUUUCUAUCUUAGAGAUUCUAGGGGGAGUUUUUGAAGUGAAGGCAACAAAUGGAAAUACUUCACUCGGAGGUGAGGAUUUUGAUCAACGAAUAUUGAAUUAUCUAAUUCAAGAAUUCAAGAAAACCCAGGGAAUAGAUUUAAGUCGCGACAAGCUUGCAUUGCAAAGAUUAAGGGAAGCUUCCGAAACUGCAAAGAAAGAGUUGAGCAGUAAAAUUCAAGUUGAAAUUAAUCUUCCUUUCAUUACUGCAGAUGCUAGAGGUCCUAAACAUCUACAAAUAAAACUUACUAGAGCUAAGUAUGAAGAACUUGUUGAUGAUCUACUUAAAAAAACUAUUUCUCCCAGUGAGAAAUGUAUUCGUGAUUCUGGAAUACCCAAGGAAAAGAUUAACGAGGUUAUUUUGGUUGGAGGAAUGACUAGAAUGCCCAAAGUUUCAGAAACUGUUAAGAGUAUAUUUGGAAGAGAACCAUCAAAGGGGGUUAACCCUGAUGAAGCCGUUGCAAUGGGAGCUGCAAUCCAGGCAGGAGUUUUAAAAGGAGAAAUUAAAGACCUCUUGUUGCUUGAUGUUACUCCUUUAUCUUUAGGUAUUGAAACUUUGGGUGGAGUUUUUACUCGAUUAAUCAAUAGAAAUACUACAAUCCCUACCAAGAAGAGUCAAGUCUUUUCUACUGCUGCAGACAAUCAAACUCAAGUUGGAAUCAAAGUUUUCCAAGGAGAAAGAGAGUUUGCUGCUGACAAUAAGUUACUUGGACAGUUUGAGAUGAUGGGAAUUCCUCCAGCUCCAAGAGGAGUUCCUCAAAUUGAAGUUACUUUUGAUAUAGAUGCAAAUGGAAUCAUGAAUGUCGGUGCGAUUGACAAGUCAACCGGAAAGAAACAUGAAAUCACCAUCCAAUCUUCUGGUGGCCUUAGCAGUUCUGAAAUUGAAAGAAUGGUUAGAGAGGCUGAAGAAUAUAGAGUCCAUGAUCAAGCUAAGAAAGAGCUCAUUGAUCUAAAAAAUGAUGCUGAAUCAUUUAUUUAUUCUGUCCAAAAUCAAAUCUCUUCUUUGGCUGACCAAAUGACUCCCCAAGAAAAAGAAAGUUUAGAGUCCAAGAUUUCUGAUUUACAAUCCAUUUUGCAAGAUUCUUCUCAGUCUGGCGAAAUCGAAUCCACAGUUCAGAAUAUCAAAACACAACUCGAAGAGCUUAAAAAGGCUUCUUGGGCAAUCACACAGAAGGCAUAUAAACCAAGUAGUUCAGAAAACCAGCCUAAUGAAAAUAAUACUCAUCAAGAAGAUAACACUACAGAGUUUGAGGAUUCCGAUUCUUAA